AUAGUAAAAAUAAGUAUGAGAUUUGCAAAAUAUAAACAAGGAUCGAAAAAAAAGAACGAAAUAAAAAUAAUAUAUUGGACCAGCGGAGACUGCUUUAAGUCAUUGAUUUCAUAAAACCAAAUAUGGUGGAUAUAGUUUCUGAUAGUGUUUCAAGAGACAGAGAUGUGAAUAAUCCAAAUGAAUUGAGCGAACAAAAUAUCGACGAUGAUCAAGAAGAAGACGAAGGUCAACCGUCAUUAAAGUUGACCGCAAUGGAACCAGUUCAACCAACUAAUAUGUAUUCGCUUCAAUUGUCGCUUCUGAUGUUAUCCUUCUCCUCAAAUUUAGUCACAGCAGUAUUUCAAACUGAAAUUAUAUACGAAAGUUGUAUGCUGAAAAGCAACGAAUCCAUCUGUAGAUUGCUUGCAAACAAAGAAAUACCAAAAGAACUUAAGGAUUUGGAAACAGAAGUGGAAAUAUAUGUGUCGAAAAUAAAUAUGGUUUGGACUGUUUUAGGAAGUAUUUUUCCCGUAUUUGUAAGCUUCUUCAUUAUACAAUGGUCGGAUAGAUUUGGACGGAGGCCUCUUUUAUUGAGCUCGUUUUUUGGAUUUUUUGUCAGCUAUGCUCUUUUGUGUAUGAUAUCGAUUGCAUCGUAUUUUUAUCAAAUUAAUCCAUGGUUCUACUUAUUGGCAUUCAUUCCGGCCUCAGUACUCGGUAGCAUAUCAACGCUAAUCACUGGAGUGUACACUUACAUCAAUGACAUUUCAGCGCCUCAAGAUCGUAGCCUUAGAAUGGCAAGAUUAGAAGCGACUCUUCUACUUGGAAGCAUUAUAGGAAAACUGAUCUUUGUAUAUAUCCAUAUUUCGACACCAGUUGCAUUUGGAUGCUCAACUUUGUGUAUAUUCAUCGGUUUAACGUGUGUUUAUUACUUUGUUGGUGAAAGUAUUGAAAUUGAAAUCGAGCAAAUUAGUUGCAUCGAGAAAUUUGGAGCACUUUUUGAUUGGAAACAUGCAGAGGACUUAUUUUCUACUUGUUUUAAGCGACGUGAUAAUAACGGGCGAAUUCUUAUUUGGCUCAUAAUCUUUUCACUGGUUUUGGCUCUAUUCGGUUCUGCUGGUGCCGGUUCGGUAGACAGCUUAUUCAUGAGACAACAAUUCAAAUGGGUGCAAACAGACUAUACCUUAUAUUCUGCCUUCAACGUAAUUUGUCAGAUUUUCGGAAAUCUUGCUGGAACUUAUAUGUUGCACAAAAUAUUUGGAAUGCCCGAUAUAUUGGUCAUACUCAUCGGUUGGUUUAGUGCAAUGACAGAAUUCAUUAUUAUCGGUCUGGCUAAUAAUUCAAUUCAAUUAUACAUUGCUUCGGUAAUUGUGAUGCUCAAAUUUGUUGGAUUUCCAUUGUGUCAUUCCUAUUUAGCGUCUUUGGUUCCAUCGUCCGAAGUUGGUAAGGUUUUCUCUGUAGUAACAACAAUGGAAUUAUUAGCUCCAAUUGCGGCAGUGCCUCUUUACACAUUCGUCUAUGACAACACUAUCGAUACAUAUGCGGGGGCAUUCAAUUUCUUUAGUGCAAUUAUAUAUCUCGUCUGUAUCCUAAUCAUGACUACGGUAUUUUACAUUCGAGGCGAAAGGCACGAAACGUCCACUUAUGAACGAAUGAUAAGUUGACAGUUUAAUUCUCAAGUCACAAAUUACUCAACUGUGAUGAUUUUCGGAAAAGGAUGUCCCUUUUUCAUAUAACGAGUGAGCCGGGGCAUUUUUAUUUUGGUACUCCUGAUGUUUUCUCCAUUCGUUUACACGUGAAGUGGCAAUCCAAUAUAAAAAUGCAUAAAAACACUGGCUCACUUUGUGGCAUUAUUCUUUACUUAUGUGAUUAUUUUUUCAGCUCAAAACCAAAUUUCAAAUUUGUAUUUUGUAGUAAAUUUUGUUUCAAUAUCAGCGCUCUCUUCCUCCUAAUGUCCCCUUGCUGACAUAAAAAAGCUUUGUUAACUCAAUUUAUUUCUAAAAUAAAAAAACGUUUAUUUUUAA